AUGGAGUUGUGGGAAGAAAUUGAGGAGCUCUCAGGUGGAAAUAGUGACCCAUGGAUAGUGGAGGGUGAUUUUAAUGUUAUACUAAAUGCAGAGGAGAAGCUAGGAGGUCUCCCUUUUACUCACUCAGAGGCUGCUGACUUUGCACAUUGUGUUAACAAUAAUGCACUUGUGGAAUUACCAACCACAGGAAGCAAAUUUACAUGGUGGAAUGAGAGGAUAGAAGAGGGAUGUAUCUUCAAAUGUUUAGAUAGGAUUAUGGUCAACCAUGAGUUCCUGGAUAUACUGCCGAGUAGUAGUGUCCAACACCUAAUUAGACAGGGUUCAGAUCAUGCUCUCUUACUAAUGAUGUGUAGUUCUGAAGAAACAAAUGUGGUCAAACCUUUUAAAUUUCUAAAUUUUUGGACUAGACAUCCACAAUUUUUGGAGAUAGUGAGGAAAGCAUGGUGCAUUGAUUUUGUUGGGAAUCCAUUCUUAGAAUUUAAGGCCAAAAUGAAGAAAGUAAAGACAGCAUUAGGGGAGUGGAACAAAAAAGUUUAUGGGAACAUUUUUGAGAAAAUGGCUACACUUGAAGAUAUGAUUAGGGUUAAGGAGAUUCAGCUCGAAAUUAGCCCAACACAGGCUAAUAGGAGUGAUCUUAGUAAAGCUGAAGCGGAGCUUAAAAAAUAUCUCAACAUUCAAGAGGAAUUUUGGAGGCAAAAGGCAGGAGAGACAACUGUUGAUUUCUUUGGGGACCAGUUUCGAGAAGCAGAUGUGAUGAAUAAUUUAGAGAUGAUCGAUAAUAUACCUCGUGUGAUCUCGGCAGAGCAGAAUGAUAAGAUGGAUGAACUACCAAGCUUGGAGGAGAUUAAAACGGUGGUUUACAUGCUGAAUGGGGACAACACCAGUGGGCCGGAUGGAUUUUCAGGAACUUUUUUCCAAGUGUGCUGGGAAAUUAUUAAUGAGGACAUUUCUAAAAUGGUCAGGGCAUUUUUUUGUGGACAGACAUUGCCCAGAUUGAUACAUGAAAGAAUUGCUAAUAUCCUACCAGCACUCAUCUCCCCAAACCAAUCUGGUUUCAUUCGAGGAAGAAGCAUUACAGAAAACGUGCUCCUCGCACAAGAAAUAAUAAGAGAUAUCAAUAUGAGAAAUAAGUGGCAAAAUGUAGUGGUGAAGUUGGAUAUGGCUAAAGCAUAUGAUCGGGUCUCUUGGAUAUUCCUUACGAAGUCAUCUAAGGGCUUAAAGCAAGGGGAUCCCUUAUCACCUACUUUGUUUAUCAUAGCUGCAGAGGUAUUGGCCCGUGGACUGAAUAAAUUACAUGAAGAUGGGGAUAAGAAAUCUGUGAAAAAGAUGAUGAAGGUCCUAGCAGAUUAUGAACAAGUAUCAGGACAGAUGAUUAACAAGAACAAGUGUUUUUUCUACCUUCAUGAGAAGGCUCCUAUUAUAUCAGGACAGAGACUAAGAAGAUGGACGGGGAUACAACAAGAGGACGGAGGCAUAGAAAGAUCAGACUUGGAGGUAAAAGAUUUUAUUGAUAUUAAUGGCUGGAAAAAAAAGAAACUUCAGAGUUUUAUCUCUGAAGACAUGACUAACUUCAUCAUUGAGAGUAUCAAACCAGAGAUUGGUUAUGAAGCAGACUGCCCUAUAUGGAUGAGCAAUACCAAUGGGGACUUCACAGUCCAAUCAGCAUUCAAGAUGCUGAGGAAAAAGAGAGAAGAAAAAGAAUGGUUGUCGAAUGUGUGGAUAAAUGGUUUACCCCUCAAAAUCAGUUUCUUCCUUUGGAGGGUGUUGAGAAAGAGAAUCUCCACAGAUGAUAAUCUGAAGAUAAUGAGGAUACAAAUUGCCUCGAGAUGUCAUUGUUGUGAAGAUUAUGAACAAGAAUCGAUGGAACAUGUUUUUCUAACAUCUCCCAUAGCCCAAAAGCUAUGGAAGAAAUUUGCUUUCUGUGCAGAUACUUGGGAGGAAAUGGUUAUUUUUUUCACACAUUACAAACCUAAACUAUUUCAUAAAAGUGUGACCUGGAAGAUGCCAGAAGCAAGCUGGUUUAAGUGCAACACAGAUGGAUCAUCAAGAGGUAAUCCAGGAAUCAACACUUAUGCUUUUUGUAAAAGAGAUGAAAGGGGAGACUUGGUCUUUGCAAAAUCUUAA